CAGAGCAAGGGAGAUCAAUUUUAGAAUCCUAUCGCCUCAAAAAUUGUUUGACUCCAGAAAAUCGAACAACUUUAGUCCACAAGAUUGUACAAUAUUAUCUAGAAAAUAAAAAAAAAAAUGACGGUACAAAAAUGCGAACUCUUGGCAGGGGAAAUUGUAAAAAAUUUUCCUAGGGAAAACAUGAGCUCAUACUUUGUUAGAGGUUGUAACAAAAUGCCCCCUAAGGGUAAGCUGUACGAUCGAUAUAGAGGACAGCGCAGGUCGCUCAAGAAGCUCUAUAACAGUCCCACAACAUCGAAGAAGGCAAAAGUCGUAGAAGUGGAAGAUCAUUCCAAUGAAGAUCGUAUUGUGGAACCACUAAAUUCUAACGAGAUGCAAAAAAUUUGCGAUGAGCUAAAACAAAACCGCGACUGGGACACCGUUAUUAAGCAAUGGAAGCAAACAAUGUCAAUGAGGAGGGAUAUGAUAAGCCAGAGUAAUGACAACGACAUUCAGACAGUCCUCCAGGAAUGGCCGCUUUACAAAUUUUCACGAGCGCCAGAACUGAUUGCCAUGGAUUUUGAUUUUUUAAGGCCAAACAACGGGUUUGACUUUUCGAAGUGGGAGCAAUUUUCAAAAAUUGCCAUCAAAUUCUUCAGUGAGAGGGUGAAGUGUAGCGGGCUUAAAUCAUACCUCAAUGCGGUCAAAGGAAUGGCUGACCUUGACAUAGAUAAUGUUAACAUUGCUUAUGCAACUUUGUUACAUGGAUUGCUGCCGCCAUCAUCGCAGCAGUUCAAAGGCAAGUUCAAGAAAUUUACAAUCGAGGACUCCAGGCAAUCAUUCACCACUGAAGUUGAAAAUGCAAGCCACAUUGAUCAGGUCCUUAAACAAAAACAAGAAGAAUGUGCAAAAUCCGGCACGAAACUUCAACCCGUUAUAUUUGUUAUUGGUGAGAAAUUUAAAUACAAACAAUUUGUCGUUUCCUUGGACAACAUUAAAUUUAAAUUGGAUACGUACUUGCAUUGUAUUAUUUUUUAUUUAAAGCUUGCAUACGUUUUAAAUAUUGAAUACUCUACUCAAUGCCUUUUAGUUUUUUUAAUAUUCACGAUGGCAAAAAAAUUCCUUCUGUUUCAACAUUAA